CAGGUCGGGGGGUUAUCCGCGAGUAGGUGUAUAUAACGGAGCACCUAUGAGCAUCGCCUGUUGUCUUUUCGGCGUCUCUGUGCCAAUUGGAUUGUCAAAAAAUCACCAUGAAGGCUGUAGCGAUUCUUUUUCUGGCCGCCAUUGCCAUGGCUUCUGCGCAAGGUGUUAACGUAGUGGGCAACAACCCCGGUCCUGGGCAAGUCAAUGUUGUGGAACAACCGGGUUAUACAGUCAAAACAGUUGGACAACCAAAUCAAGGUGUCGAUUCCGGCUUCUACAGACCGUCUGGUGGUGACAACGUUGUAAUCACUAACCCGGAUCCAGGCUUCUACCUGGGCGGUGCCAACACCGGUGCCGGUGCACAGGAUGUAGAUCCCGCUUUCGGCCGUCCCACCGUCUACGGCAAUUUAAGGCCCUUGAAAUACCCCAACCCUGCAGCCCGCACUGGACAAUAAAGCAAUGGUUUCAAAGGAAUAUCUAUACAAUACAUAGAUAAAUCCCAUGGAGCAUGCAUGCAAAUGGCAGGCAACUAACUACCUUGAAUUUAGAAUUUUUAACCUAUACGUUAAUUACGUACCAUGUUCUAAGUAACAUUAAUGUUUAAA